AUGGCUGCGUCAGUGGCUGGGGCUGCCCCACUGGGCAAGGGGUUGGACAUCAGCUUGGCGGCUCUCCAGCGGCACGACCCCUACAUCAGCAGCAUCUUGGACGUGGCCAGCCAGGUGGCGCUCUACACUUUCGGGCAUCGGGCCAAUGAGUGGGAGAAGACUGAUGUGGAAGGAACACUAUUUGUAUAUACAAGAUCAGCUUCGCCCAAGUAUGGAUUUACCAUUAUGAAUAGGCUGAGCAUGGAAAAUCGGACAGAACCCAUAACAAAAGAUCUGGAUUUCCAGUUGCAGGAUCCUUUUCUACUCUACAGAAAUGCUAGAUUGUCCAUUUAUGGAAUUUGGUUUUACGAUAAGGAAGAAUGCCAAAGAAUUGCAGAGCUGAUGAAAAAUUUAACUCAGCAAGAACAACUGAAAGCACAACAAGGAUCUGGCAUAGGAAUUUCACCAGUCACCCUCAGCUCUGGUGACAGGAAAGACAUGGAUAUCUUACAGAUGCUCACCAGAGCCAAAGAUGAGUACACAAAGUGUAAAACAUGUUCCGAGCCAAAACAAAUGACCAGUUCUUCUGCUCUAUACCACAAUCCCAAUUUGAUCAAACCAAUCCCUCUGAAGCCCAGGGAAAGCCAGAAAGUCCAGAACACAGAUUCUGAGCCUCAGCACCUAUCCCUUAUGACUCUCUUUGGAAAGCAGGAAAAAUCAAGUCUAUACCAAAAUGUCUCAGAGAAGCUCCACCAAGACAAUUUUCCUCUGAGACAAGGAGUUGUGCGCUCUUUCUCAUACGAGGAGCCUGGAAGACACUCGCCCACAGCAGAAAAGCAGCUCUGCCCGGCCAUUCAAAAACUGAUGGUGCGUGGACCAGAGCUUCACCCAGUCUCAGAACUCCCAGAGAGCCGCCUAUGCGAGAAUGGCAGCCACCCUUCUUCCGUAGGAGAAGCUUUCACUGGGCUCUUCCAGCCUGUGACUUCACAGAGCGUUGGGAGUUCUCAUCCUGCCCAGAACACCGUGUGCGCGAGGAGCCUGCUCCAGCAGUUGCAAGGCCAGUCUGAACCGAUGACUAAAGUGGAAGCUAACAGCAUAAGACUAGCAAAUUCAACUGCUCCAGGCUUCAACAGGACUCCAGCCAUCUCCUCGAUGGCCCAGGUAAACAGUGUAAUACAGCCACCCAUGAUGUACUUCAAUGGUUCCCUGCCAAGCCAAGCUCUUGGUAAAGAACAAUCCAAACCUGCUAAGCAGUCACAUCCUCUUCCUGGGAAUCACGCUGGAAAUUCUGGCAUAAUUUCACCUCAGGAGUUGUUGAAGAAACUGCAGAUAGUGCAGCAGGAACAACAGCUGCACAUAGCCAGUCGGCCAACCUUAGCUGCUAAGUUUCCUGUAGUUACUCAGGCCUCCACCACUCUGAAACCUUUGGAUUCUUGGAUGGACAAGGCUUCAGCUACAGAAAAGCAACCCCCACUUCUUCAGGUCAUCUCCCCGCAGCGGAUUCCCGCUACUAUAGCUCCAUCACUGCUGAUGUCCCCAAUGGUAUUUAGUCAGAGUGCCCCACAGCUGCCAAAACCAAGUGAAAGUGGAUGGCUGCCCGUCAUGAAUCAAGAAAGUACUUCUGGAUCAGCAAACCUUCUUCUGCCUCUACAGAACUCAGAAGCAACCAUCCCAAAGAGCAGCCCACUAACCAAGUUACAGCUACAGGAAACGCUUCUGCAUCUGAUCCAGAAUGACGACAACUUUCUAAACGUCAUCUAUGAUGCUUAUCUUGGCAGCAUGAGAAAAGCAGCACUGAAAAAGCCUAUCUGA